AAUUCAGUCGAGUCCCGAACGCGAAGUGAAGCGCAUUGAACCCACAACAACCGAGAUAGUCGAGGAAAAAGAGUCACAAAAUCAACAGCAACAUCCUGUAAAUAAACAGAAAUACCAGACAUGGCGCGUCUGCGGCUUCAUAUCGGUCUUAUAAUCUGCCUUGCGAUCAGCAUGGAAUCGGUGCUUGGUGCCCCAGUGAUCAGCCAGAUCAGCAAGGACGUGGUGGCCAGUGUGGGCGACUCUGUGGAGUUCAACUGCACCGUGGAGGAGGUGGGACAGCUCUCCGUGAGCUGGGCCAAGCGUCCCAGCGAGUCGGACACCAACUCGGUGGUGCUCUCAAUGCGGAAUAUCCUCAGUCUGCCCGACCAGCGGUACAACGUAACGGUCACCGAAGGACCCAAGACCGGAAGUGCCAUCUACACCUUCCGCAUUCAGAACAUCGAAGUCAGUGACAUGGGUCCGUACGAGUGCCAGGUGCUCGUUUCGGCCACGGAGAAGGUGACCAAGAAGCUGAGCCUGCAGAUCAAGACCCCGCCGGUGAUUGCGGAGAACACCCCCAAGAGCACCCUGGUGACGGAGGGGCAGAAUCUGGAGCUGACCUGCCAUGCCAAUGGCUUUCCCAAGCCCACGAUCUCCUGGGCUCGCGAACAUAAUGCCGUGAUGCCAGCCGGAGGCCAUUUGCUGGCGGAACCAACUCUCCGGAUUCGUGCCGUGCACCGAAUGGAUCGCGGCGGCUACUACUGCAUCGCCCAGAACGGAGAGGGCCAGCCGGACAAGAGGUUGAUCCGGGUCGAGGUGGAGUUCCGUCCACAGAUUGCCGUCCAGAGGCCCAAGAUCGCCCAGAUGGUGUCCCACUCCGCGGAGCUGGAGUGCUCCGUGCAGGGCUACCCGGCUCCGACUGUAGUUUGGCACAAGAACGGAGUGCCCCUGCAGUCUAGCCGGCACCACGAGGUGGCCAACACCGCCUCCUCCUCGGGAACCACAACCUCUGUGCUGCGCAUCGACAGCGUGGGCGAGGAGGACUUCGGGGACUACUACUGCAAUGCCACCAAUAAGCUGGGACACGCCGAUGCGCGACUGCAUCUCUUCCAGACCGUCAUUCCAGUGCCCUCCUUGUCGUAAUAAGCCCUCAACGUCUGAUUUCCAUUCCCACGCAACAAGACUGGAACCCUCACUUUCGCCUCUCGACUCGCUUUUUCGGCAAUUCGCCAGUCCGGAUGCGGCCUGUGUUUAUAUUAUUAAUGAUUCAUUCAAUUAGCUCCCAUUCAGACUUCAUUAUUUUCGGACACACUUGAGAUCGAGCCACCGCUUGUGCCUUAUGAAUUUUGCUCUGCAUCCGUCGGCUUGUGCAAACACACAUUAAUAUGCUUAAGUAAAUAAAAGAAGUUCUCUGAUAAAGUUUAA